CGGCACAAGGUGGCUCAGCCGCAAGAUGGCGGCGCUGGCGGAGGAGCAGACGGAGGUGGCGGUCAAGUUAGAGGCUGAGGGACCGCCGACGCUGCUACCUCCACAGGCGGGGGACGGCGCUGGCGAGGGUGGCGGCGGCACCACCAAUAACGGUCCCAAUGGUGGCGGCGGGAACGCUGCAGCGGCGUCGUCAACCGGCGGGGAUGGUGGGACCCCCAAACCUUCGCGCCGGCUGCGCAGUCAAACCCUCUCGGUGGAGCUGUCAGUUCCACCCGAGGCUGCGGGCUACGGAGCGGAAGGGGCGCACGGGGAAGUUGGAAGUGUAGCUGUGGAAGACCAGCCAGAUGUCAGUGCUGUGCUGUCAGCUUACAAUCAGCAAGGAGACCCUACAAUGUAUGAAGAAUACUACAGUGGACUGAAACACUUCAUUGAAUGUUCCUUGGACUGCCAUCGGGCAGAGCUAUCCCAACUCUUUUAUCCUCUCUUUGUACACAUGUACUUGGAAUUAGUCUACAAUCAACAUGAGAAUGAAGCAAAAUCAUUCUUUGAGAAGUUCCAUGGAGAUCAGGAAUGUUAUUACCAAGAUGACCUACGAGUAUUAUCUAGUCUUACCAAAAAGGAACACAUGAAAGGGAAUGAGACCAUGUUGGAUUUUCGAACAAGUAAAUUUGUUCUGCGUAUUUCCCGUGACUCGUACCAACUCUUGAAGAGGCAUCUUCAGGAGAAACAGAACAAUCAGAUAUGGAACAUAGUUCAGGAGCACCUCUACAUUGACAUCUUUGAUGGGAUGCCGCGUAGUAAGCAACAGAUAGAUGCGAUGGUGGGAAGUUUGGCAGGAGAGGCUAAACGAGAGGCAAACAAAUCCAAGGUAUUUUUUGGUUUAUUAAAAGAGCCAGAAAUUGAAGUGCCUUUGGAUGAUGAGGAUGAAGAAGGAGAAAAUGAAGAAGGAAAACCUAAAAAGAAGAAGCCUAAAAAAGAUAGUAUUGGAUCCAAAAGCAAAAAACAGGAUCCCAAUGCUCCACCUCAAAACAGAAUCCCUCUUCCUGAGUUGAAAGAUUCAGAUAAGCUGGAUAAGAUAAUGAAUAUGAAAGAAACCACCAAACGGGUGCGCCUUGGGCCCGACUGUUUACCUUCCAUUUGUUUCUAUACAUUCCUCAAUGCUUACCAGGGCCUUACUGCAGUGGAUGUCACUGAUGAUUCUAGUUUGAUUGCUGGAGGUUUUGCAGAUUCAACUGUCAGAGUGUGGUCUGUGACUCCCAAAAAGCUUCGUAGUGUCAAACAAGCAGCAGAUCUUAGCCUCAUAGACAAAGAAUCAGAUGAUGUCUUAGAAAGAAUCAUGGAUGAGAAAACAGCAAGCGAAUUAAAGAUCUUGUAUGGUCACAGCGGGCCUGUCUAUGGAGCCAGCUUCAGUCCAGAUAGGAACUAUCUGCUUUCCUCUUCAGAGGAUGGAACUGUUAGAUUGUGGAGUCUUCAAACAUUUACUUGCUUGGUGGGAUAUAAAGGACACAACUAUCCAGUUUGGGACACACAGUUUUCUCCAUAUGGAUAUUAUUUUGUAUCUGGGGGCCAUGACCGAGUAGCUCGGCUCUGGGCCACAGACCACUAUCAGCCUUUAAGGAUAUUUGCUGGCCAUCUUGCUGAUGUAAAUUGUACCAGAUUCCAUCCAAAUUCUAAUUAUGUUGCUACGGGCUCUGCAGACAGAACUGUGCGGCUCUGGGAUGUCUUGAAUGGGAACUGUGUAAGGAUCUUCACUGGACACAAGGGACCAAUUCAUUCCUUGACAUUUUCUCCCAAUGGGAGAUUCCUGGCUACAGGAGCAACAGAUGGCAGAGUACUCCUUUGGGAUAUUGGACAUGGUUUGAUGGUUGGAGAAUUAAAAGGCCACACCGAUACAGUCUGUUCACUUAGGUUUAGUAGAGAUGGUGAAAUUUUGGCAUCAGGUUCAAUGGAUAAUACAGUCCGGUUAUGGGAUGCUGUCAAAGCAUUUGAAGAUUUAGAGACUGAUGACUUUACUACAGCCACUGGGCAUAUAAAUUUACCUGAGAACUCACAGGAGUUACUGUUGGGAACAUAUAUGACCAAAUCAACACCAGUUGUACAUCUCCAUUUUACUCGAAGAAACUUGGUUCUAGCUGCAGGAGCUUAUAGUCCGCAAUAAACCAUCGGUAUUAAAGACCUCUGGAAGCUACUGUUUGAAAAAGGGAGACUAAAAGCAAAUACCUCAGUGAUUAAUUUAAGCUACAAAGAAUGUUUGUCUAUAUGGAUCUGGAAGUAUGCUGCUUGGAAAAUCUGAACAGGAGAGUUCCACGUUUCUAUAGCAACUGCAUUUAACUAAUUUCUGUUUAGUUGAAUAAGAGGUAUUAGGUUUGUGGAGGGGACAUUUAUGGUGCUUUGGAAUGUGUGGAAACUAUGCAUUUUCUGUUCAAACGCUAUUUUAAUUUAUUAUGUUUAGAAAAACCCCCAAUUGAUUUCAACAAUUCAUCCUGCUUCAAGAUUCAAAUUGAGUAAUAUACCACCAUCUUGAAUUUUAGCUGAAGAAUUCUAUGAGCAUGUUUCUGCUGUAAAAAUGUAGUUACUGUAUGGCACUCAAGUAUUAUGUUAAAUGAUCUAACGUUUUUGCAUAGCUAUGACUAGUGGAAUGUAUGUAACUGGGUAGGGUGAACUACAAUUCAUUUAGAUGAACUACAAUUCAUUUAGAUGAAGUACAGCUACCCACUGACAUCUGAAUUUACACUUGUUAGAUGCUGAGUGUACCCACUCUAGAAAUCAAGUGAAGAAAUUUAGCUUCCAUGUUCUACUUCAGCUAAAAUGGCUAUACACAACCUUGUACACUUGAAGUCAGACAGACAUUUCAGUUGCUUACCUCCAGUACUGAGCCUUGCUUUGGGAAACUAAAAUUCAGACCAAGUCACUGCCAGUUUUUGCCUUUGUUGCAUUUUGUACAGUUUUUAUAUUUUUGAUAUCUUGUAAAUAAAGACAACCAGCUUUUCCAGGUUCA